AUGGCUCAUAUUCACUCCCCCUUUUGUGGCUGCUCUUCGGUCACAAAAUACAUUCAGAAAGAACAAGAUCGAGUUACUCCUCAGCCAAACCAUAUCACGGCUUGGCUCAACAAUCUCAGCGACACUCCUACCCUUCCCGAUACCGCUGCACCACCUUUCAGCAGUCAAGUCAGGAAGAUGAACUCAGAAGGCUGCAACUCGGUUUUUAGCCAACACUCCGCCGUCUUCGGACAUGCUCAACUCGCCAUCUCCUACAACACUUCCGCCGACGUACCCAUGGUUGACUCUCACAGCUUCAGCUUUUUCUCGUCGGGGGCACAGGUCAAUUUCCCCAUGACCACCCCAGAAUCCGACUCCGACAUGUUCUCUUCUCUUUCAGUGGUGGGAUCAGUCCGCUCGACAUCUCACCGAAACUCCAAGCCUACGUCGCGUCCCCGUGGGAUCCUCGGUAUGGGCCGAGGCCGCAGAGCGGAUUGUAGUUUUGUUGUGGACUACGAGAAGAAGAAGGCACUUCGCCGAUUGGUCAGAAUGGAGGAGAUUCCCAAACCUCCCCCCUUAAAGCCUGCUGAACAUCAUCACAGCGCUUGCGGGUGUUCUUCUAGGUCUGUCGUCAAGAAGAAUUGUGAGGUCUUUCGUCUAGAGGGUAUUCUCCUAAACUGGAAUUCGUGGGGAGAUCUCAAGUCCCCGUCCGACAAGACCUACGACUUUGACCGUCCGUCGUGUCUCAGGAAGGUGGCUCUCGUCAACUUUUGUGACGACUUGGAUUCUGGAGAGAGCGACAGUGAUUUCUCGUCAUCUGAUGACGACAGUGACACUGACAGCAUUUGUCACUCGUUUGACGGGGACAAUGCCUCCAGAACCGGGAGGAUGCCAAGGUUUGUCAAGGAGAAGAAGAUCAAGUCUGUCCACUUCGGCAAGGCACACUGCCUCCGAACAGGCCAGAGCAUGCCCCCGACUCCCAGGACGCCCGAGAAUGAUUCACGGGUGGAACGCUACAAGGCCAGGCAAAUGAUUGAGAACAAGUACCGCAAGAUGUUGGCCCACAAGGACGACGAGGCUGCCAACACCGAGCAGCCCCCAUCUAUAGCCUUUAUCCGGCAAGAUGAGGAAGUUGAGCAGCGUCUCGCGAGGGCCGAAGACAUCUCCUGGGCCAACGAACGAGCAGCCAUCGGUCGUGGUGCCCUCGACUUUUUGAUCUUUGUGUGUCGCGACAAGAACUCCAUCGGCAACCAGAUCAGUGAACACCUGGUUGACCGGCUCGUCAAGCACCGUGGCAAUCUCCACAUUGUGGGUAGUUACCACGGUGAGGAGAGGGAGUACGCGAACCCAGGGACAUCAAACGCCUCUCCUGUGCCGGCGCACUUGUACCGCGACUGCCGGGGUUCCAUGUCGUGGGUCAGGACGGAUGAGGUGGAUGAGAUGGACACGAGUAUAUGA